UUCAUUUCCCUCUCAAAACCCUUUCGAAUCCCUCGCCAUGGCAGCGAUUUCACAGUUUAUAGUUCUGCUUCUCUCGAUCUCUCUCGCCAAUCUCUGCAAUGGAGGUAUUACCAGUAAAUUCAUGCGGAAACUUGAAGCUUCUGUGGAUAUGCCUGCAGAAGCUUUCCCCCCGCCCGCCGGUUACAACGCACCCGAACAGGUUCACAUUACACAGGGAGAUCGCCAUGGCAGAGGCGUUAUAAUUUCGUGGGUGACGCCAUUGUCGCCCAAACCUACUGUUGUCAGAUAUUGGGCGGCGGAUGGGGACGGGAAUCGCCGCAAUAAAGCACAUUCCAGAAUCACCACUUACAAAUAUUAUAAUUACACUUCUGCAUUCAUCCACCACGCCACCAUAAACAAUCUUGAGUACGACACUAAAUACUUCUACGAGCUUGGAAGUGGCAAUGCAACGCGUCGGUUUUUCUUCACAACGCCUCCCAGGGUCGAUCCAGAUGUUCCGUACACAUUCGGCAUCAUUGGCGAUCUUGGACAGACUUAUGAUUCGAACCAAACGUUUGAGCAUUAUUAUUCAAAUCCGAAGGGACAAGCGGUUCUGUUCGCCGGAGACCUUUCAUACGCCGAUAAUCAUCCGUUUCACGACAAUAGGAAGUGGGAUACAUGGGGUCGAUUUGUGGAGAAGAGCACUGCGUAUCAGCCAUGGAUUUGGACAGCCGGUAACCACGAAAUAGAUUUUGCUCCACAAAUUGGAGAAAACACCCCUUUUAAACCUUAUACGCAUCGGUAUCACGUUCCUUAUAAAACUGCGCAAAGCACAUCCCCACUCUGGUAUUCGAUCAAGCGUGCAUCUGCCUACAUUAUAGUCCUUUCUUCUUACUCAGCUUAUGGCAAAUAUACUCCACAAUACGAGUGGCUACAGAAGGAGUUUAAGAAGGUGAAGAGAGAUGAGACUCCAUGGUUGAUUGUUAUGCUUCAUGCUCCUUGGUAUAAUAGUUACAAUUACCAUUAUAUGGAAGGAGAGAGCAUGAGGGUCAUGUUUGAAUCAUGGUUUAUUCAGAACAAAGUUGAUCUUGUUCUUUCUGGCCAUAUCCAUGCUUAUGAGCGUUCGGAGCGAGUGUCGAACGUGAGAUACAAUAUAACGAAUAGAUUAUGCAGUCCAGUUAGAGACAUUAACGCACCGAUCUACAUAACCAUCGGCGACGGCGGGAAUAUUGAAGGCCUGGCUAACGAGUUUACGGAGCCACAACCAAGUUACUCCGCGUUUAGGGAGGCAAGCUUUGGGCAUGCAAUUCUUGAAAUAAAGAAUCGAACUCAUGCAUAUUAUACAUGGCAUCGCAACCAUGACAACGAACCUGUUUCUGCUGAUUCACUUUGGAUAUAUAACCGAUAUUGGUACCCUGAAGAUGAGAGUUUUCAAUAACUUGUUUUUUUUUUUU